AAGAUCCGGAUCCCUAAGUCGGGUCAGUGCCGACCCGCCCAUCACUACAUAACCUAAAUAUGAUAUUAUUAGUUAAAAGCUAGUAAAAUCGUUAGAUACUUCUAGUUAACAUUAUUCAACAGUACAUGAAAAUGCCUAAAGUAGUGCUUGGAUUUGUGGACAAGUGCGAGCCAUGGAAAGUGCAGAGCAGGUUAUUUCCUAGUAAAGUUGGCGGAAAACCUGCUUGGUUGAGUUUGAAACAAGUUCCAUCCAGUGAUCAAUUAACAUGUGAAACAUGCAACAAAGUGAUGAUGUUUCUGUGCCAAAUAUACGCUCCUAUUGAAUCUGGACCACAACUUAUCAGAAACUUCCACCGAACAAUAUUUGUAUUUUUGUGUCGCACUGUCACAUGCAACAAAAAUCAGCAAAUUACAAGUUUCAAAAUUUUCCGAAGCACGUUGCCAAGGGAAAAUGAAUUUUAUUCGGCAAAUCCUCCAGAACUAGUCGACGAUCCAACAUUUGAUGUUGCGAAAUGGAUAAAUAUGUGUAAUCUGUGCGGCAUUGCUGCCGACAAGAAAUGCGGUAGGUGUAAACGUGCCAUGUACUGCAGUAAAGAACAUCAAACACUAGAUUGGAAGAAAGGACAUAAGUUGAAUUGCUCGACAGACUCGACAACAAAUUCAGAAUCAACAUUUUUAUUCCCUGAGCGGGAAUUAGUCAAUGAAGAAGAGGUGCUGGACGAAAAAUGUAUGAGUGAAGAACAGGCUGUAGCCGAAUUCCACAAAUUGAAAGAUGAUGGUAAAAUUGGUACCUUAGCUCACCUUCCAGAAUCUGAAUUAGAGUCUCACGUAUUUAAAAAUGACGACGAAACAUUUUCCGAGUUUACUGACAGAAUAUCCGAAUAUCCUGAUCAGGUUAUCAGGUAUGAUCGAGGAGGAGCACCGCUUCUCAUAGCAGACUCUCCGUUGCCUUCAAAUAUACCAAAUUGCGAGUAUUGUGGACAAACAAGGCAAUUUGAAUUUCAAAUCAUGCCUCAACUUCUAUAUGAGUUACAUGAACUUGUACUUGAUUGGGGAAUUUUAUUAAUUUUUACCUGUAAAGAUAGUUGUAUAGGCGAUUCUAUAAACAGUUAUAAAAAAGAGUUUGUAUUUAGACAAGAUGUUACUAAUGUUGAUAUAAAAAGUAAUCAAGCAACAGAUGAGAAGAAAACUUUCAAUUAAUGGUUGCUUUACUAAAUGGUAUGUGGUUACAGAACAUCAUAUGCAAAAUGUAUUUUGCUUGUAGGAAUUGUGAAUAUUAGAUCUAAUAUACUUACCAGAUUUGCCUCUUAUGUAUAUGUAUAAAUAUAUAUAUAUGUGGUUACAGAACAGUGUACACAAAAUGUAUUUUGCUUGCAGGAAUCGUGAAUAUUAGAUCAAAUAUACUUACCAGAUUUGCCUAUCGAGAGCUUGUAAUAGAUUCACUUGAACCGUCCGAGAAGUUUAAAAUAUUUCAAGUUACCUCAGUAAAGAAGAAGUUCGUACGUUUCAAUUUUCAUCAAUUUAUUUAAAGUAUAUUUCAGUCAAAUAGGAUCAUUUCUCAAACGAUAAACUUGUGUGGUUUAAUGAUGCUACUGCUGUCUCAAAACUCGGGAUUUUUACCGAGAUUCAUUAAAAUUGGCUUGAUUUCUAUGAAGGAAUCUUACUGAAGUAUAAAUAUAAAAUACUUUUACAAUUA